GCUAUAAACCCUUAAUCUAUAAAGUACAUUUCCGACGUCGAAUAUGUUUCUCGUGAUAUUUCUGCGCGAUGACAACCUUAUGUGCUUUGUGCCCAUCGAUAACGUUGCACGAAACUACCUUGAGCUCUGUUCUAUCAUCAGCAAACGCGACAUAUAUAACUAUAAUUAAAGUUUUGCUCUGCAUCUUCCAAACACUAACACAUCUCAACCUGGUUAGCAUAUUCAUUUGCUUCGGGUCUUGUAUCAUCUCUUUUUCUCUCUUUUUCUACAGUUCACUGCUCUGUACGUGUGUCCUGAGUGGCCUAUUGGCUCAUACAAAAAAUAAAGAAAACUGAAA